AUGUCGUCAACAACGAUGGCGAAGAAGAACAAGGGGAAGAAAGCGGCCGAUCCGAACGAGACAUCCAAACUGUUGGCUGCCAAGAUCUCGCAGCUGGAGCAGGAUGCGGCCGGCGAGAAAGAUCAAGAACAAGAGAUCGAACGUGAGGUGAAGAAAGCUACUCGAGAUCUCAAUCAGCUCCUGAACAACAUCGAAUCGCCUAUGACCCGCCUGGAAACCGUCCACAAGAAGUAUACUGAGUUAUUGGCCGACAUGAAGAAGCUGGACCGGGAUUAUGCCAAAAGCAAGAAGCGAGCCGACCAACUGCAGAAGGACCAGGAGAAGGGAAAGUCGGAACUCAACAAGACGGUCACGAUGAAGGAUAAGCUUGAGAAAUUGUGUCGGGAAUUGACAAAGGAAAACAAGAAAGUGAAGGAUGAAAAUAAAAAGCUCGAAGACACAGAGAGUAAAGCUCGUCUUAUCGUCAACGAACGUCUCGACUGCCUCUUGUACGACAUCCAAGACGUCAUGAACUCGAAAGGAAACCCUCGCAACGAGAAGGCGGAUAUGGAAUUGGAUGAAGCGCUCCGUGUCAAGUUGAAGACCAUUAGCGAGCAGUUCGAUACCCGUGAACUGCACUAUAAAGCUCUUCUUCGCAGCAAGGACUCCGAAAUCCAAAGCCUGACAUUCAAAUACGAGGAACAGCGCCGAACGGCAGAGAGUGAGACCACCCGAGGACGUGCUUUGAGCGCCCAAGUCUCCACCUUCUCCCACACCGAAGCAGAGCUACGCAGUCAGCUCAAUAUCUAUGUGGAAAAAUUCAAGCAGGUGGAGGAUACUUUGAACAACAGCAAUGAGCUGUUCCUAACAUUCCGCAAGGAAAUGGAAGAAAUGUCCAAAAAGACCAAGCGUUUGGAGAAGGAAAAUAACACCCUCACCCGCAAGCACGAGCAAACCAAUCGAAACAUUUUCGAGAUGGCGGCAGAACGCACGAAAAACAAAGAGGAAUUGGAGAGUUGGCAACGCAAAUGUCAACACCUCGAAGCCCUGUGCCGCCGAAUGCAGGCUCAGGGACGUGGUGAAGGUCUCGCUGAAGGCGACGAUCAUCUCGACAACGACGACGAAGGCACUGAGAGCGAAUAUGACGAUGAUUACGAGGAUGAAGACGAGUUGAGUGAAGACGGUGACCUCGACGACACCGAUCGCGGCAUCCCUCAUGCUGGCCCUACUGAGCGACCUGUCUUUGGACCCCCCUCCGCCUCCGAAUCUGCUGGAGGCCCGGGCCUCUAA